AUGGAGGAUGUAACGUCGUUUGAAAGGUCCCACAGGUUGUCCUUACGCCUGGCCAGCGGCUUAAACGGAAAGUUAAAAAAUACGAAACCGAAUGUUGCACAGGCCGUUCAUUUUCUUGAGAUUGCGCAGAAGAGUGAGAAUCAACGAUUAAAACUGCAACAAGAAAUUGAAUAUUAUAAGAGAGUCCUUGAAGACCAACGCCAGCAGCAGGUUGUGCAAAAGUUCGAAUUUGAAAGGGAACUUCUGUUGAAUAAACAAAAAGAAAAACUGAUUGACAAAAAAAUACAAACAAGCAGCAUCAGCAGUGAUAUUAGCAGCAGCUUUGUAGUUUCUAAACUGGAUUCUCAUAAGUGCAGUAACCAGGUAAAUAUUUCCAACAAUUUAAUGAAUUUCAAUAUGGAUGACAAUUUCACUGACUCAAAUUUACCAAAUAAAAAUUCUGGCAAAAAUAAAGCAGAAUUAAAAUUUGCUGUUCCUCCAAAAAUUCAUGAAUAUAAAAUUAAUAAUCAAAACCAUUCAAAUGCAAAUGCCUGUGAGAGAUCAUGCUAUUAUGAAUGCCAUCAUUAUAAUUUAAAUAAUGAGUCUUCUAAACAUGAAUAUUUAAAUAGGCAUCAUAAUAAAACAAAUGACCACUAUGUGCUACAAUGUGAAAGCUUAAAUCCCCCCCAUAAAGAACCAGCUGAAGUAAUUAAAUAUGCAGUAAGAAAUAACAGCUCAAAUGAAGAUGUAACCCAUAAGAAAAUAAUUAAAUCACAAGAAUGUAAAUCAGGGAGUCCUAAGAAUUUUGAUGCAAUUUUAGUACAGACUUCUGAUAAAAGUCAUCAUCAUAGUGUUGAUAGGUGUAAAAAUGUUACUACUAUGAUAAACAAAGAUUCAAGCCUUGCCAAUAAUGGUUUCAAUAAUAAUUUAAAUCAAAAUGACUUUUGUUGCACUUUACAAAAUUUAGCUGCUGAAAAUAUAAACGUAUCAAACUUGCAUCCAUUGCCAAAAAAAAGGUCUUCAUUGAAAUUAGCCAAACCCACAACUAAUAUUAUUAAUGAGAAUGACAAUAAUAAUUCAAAUGUUGAAUCCGUUUUGAAUGUAUUAAAUAAUCAGCUGGCUACAACAACCAAUCAAGAUACAUGUGUUGAUGAGUUAAGCCUAAACAAAACUGGCUACAAAUGCAAUGAUGAAAUGCUAGGCAAUGGUUGUAAUAUUAAUAACAAUAAUGUUGAUGGCAAAGAUAGAGAAACAUACUUCAAUGAUCAAGAUGGUGCUUGCCACAAUGAAGUACUUGAAAUUGAAAAGCAUAAAAACCUGGUGCAUGAUAAAAGCAAUAAUGAUUUUAUAAACAGACUAACUGGAAUGAACAGAAAAAGUUAUAAAGAUGAAUCAGAAACAUCUCUAUUGAAUUACAAGUUAGAUAAUACAUCAAUUGUUGCUAAUUCACAAGACAACAAAGUUGACCAGCCACAAUGCAAAGGAAAAGUUGCAGCAUGCAGACAAACAAGUUCGGUUCGUAAUGAUGCUUAUGUGAGUGAAUUUUCUGAAAAAUUUUUCGACAGACUGACAUCUAGUGAGCAAGCAAAAAUAACCAACAACAAAGGAGUUAAUAAGAAUAGUGCAUGCCUUCCAAGUCAGUCACCAUUAAGCUAUUUUAAUAAUUAUAAUACAAUUUUGAUAGAAAGAAGCCCACAUCACCAAAGAAAUGAUGGGAAGGAAAUAAGCGUUGAUCAAUGUGCGAACACCAACCAGGCAGCAACAACAUACUUUGAUGAAGAUGACUUCUCUGAAUAUAAUCAUUAUUACGAAAAUAAUCAUAAUCACAUCAAGAAUUCAGUAAAGAAUUAUUCUGAACUUUAUACAAACGUGGAAGACUUGGCCGUUGAAAAAAAUAGUUACACAGAUGAAAAGGAUAACUAUGUUGCCAAUGAAUCUAAUAACAAUUAUAAUGACUUUGAUGUUUAUGAGGGAGAAUAUGUUAGUUUCAAUAAACAUGAUGAACUUAAUUUUAACAAGUCACUUCAUUCCCGAUAUUACUAUGAUAAUUUUAUGCCUGAUUUUAAUGAUGACGGUGAACCCAAUGUUUUUUAUGAUGAUUCUUAUAACAUAUUUAACAGUUUAAAUUAUGAUGGAUGCUAUAACAUGUCAUGCUCAAAUAAAGGCUGGAAUAAAGAAGCAAUGUUAAUACAACAAGAGCUGCAACAAUUUCAGCAACAAAGUGACUACGGUGAUGUUAUUCCACCAAAGAAUAGCAAAUCACGAAAAGAUCAGUCCAAAAAUAAUUAUAAAAAAAUGACAGACAAAAAAAAGAAUGGUAAACAAAAACCUGAAAGUAAUCACAAAAGUGAAUACAACACAAGUAAAGACAAGCGAACAGAUUCUAAGGCCCAAAAACUUAAAAACAACAGACCACAUGAUAAAUGUAAUGUGACUGAAGUUGUUGAAGAAACUCAACGAAAUUCAAAAAAGUCAAACCAUAAAUCUAACCAUAAAAAAACAAAGUACAAAAAAGAUGAGCUAGCCAAUGCAAAGAUUGAUAAUAAAAAUGAUAAAGAUAACAAUGCUAACAGUAACUGCAGUAAUAACAUCCAAGAUAACACCAAAAGCAAAAACAAAAAACAAAUUAAAAGAAAUAAUAAAAAAAUGCAGACGGUAAAUGAUCAACCUCUUGAUAAUUCAUUAAUAGAACUUUUAUUGAAGUUGGCUAUGAGUGUGAUGAACAAAGGUGAUGUGCCACGUGAACUGGCUGAUUCAGUUAGAAAACUUAUGUUAAAUUAUCUCAAUAGCGAAACUACGUACAAUAAUAAUUGUUUUGCUGAUUUUACCUGCACAAACAGAAAUGGUAGUGAAAACAACUCAGUUGAUUGCAAUGCUGUUGUUGCUCAAUUAUUAUCUGGUUGUGUUGAAAAAGACUCUAUAAAACAUAUUAUGAACAAUCCAAUAUUAAAUGCACAACAAAAGCCUGAACAACAGCCUGUUGCCCAAUUGAUUGGUCUGUUAAAAUCGUUCACUUGCUGCAGGAAUGAUCAAAAUUCAUUCAGCAGUUUAAACAACCCUGACCUUCUCAAUGUACUUCAGCAAACAAUAAUAUCUAAUAACAAUGAAAAUUGUCUUGAUUCUCAUGAAGCUAACAACUCAAUAGGAAAUCAACAACAAAAUUGCUUUUCGCAGUAUCGUGAUCAAUUCAUUUCAAAUGAAUCUAAGUUACAGAAACAAGCAAAUGACUUUCAGGUAGUGAAUGAAUCUCAGUUGCAACAUCCGCACAAAGAAAUGAAAGAAAGACAUGGGAAUGGCAUUUUAGAGACAUCUCCACCGCUGGUCGAUCAAAUCAACAUUAAACAAGAUACGAAUAAGAGUUGUGCUACUGAAAAGUAUUCAUACGUUGAGCAAAACACUGCAAAAACACUUUAUGAAUUUGACACAGAGGCAUACAUAAAGAAAACAGUAGAAAAGCAAAUUGAAUUGCAGAUGAAACAGCAACAACAGCAGCAAAUCUUACAUAAGCAUUCAAACUAUCCACCUAACUAUGAUGAAAAUUUAAACGGAUCUAGAAACAGAUGUGAUAUUAAUGACGGUGAUAAUGGAAGUGAAAAUUUUGAAGAAGAUGAAUUCAUAAGGAAUAAAAAUUCGAUCAACAAUAACAUUGAAAGCAUUAUUGAUUUCAUUAACAAUAAAAAAAGCACCUUUUUCUCUAACACAAAUGCUACAAGUGACAAUAAUGAUGAGACAGUUUCUGUCUGUAACAAAAAAUGUCUGAAAUGGGAAAACAAUUCAAAUAAAGCUGAGCUAGGUAUAAACAACAUUGUUAAAAACUCUAAUGUUAACAAUAAUAACCGUAAUAAUAAAAAUAACAGCAAUAACGACAGUGACGACAGUAACAACUACAACAACAAUAACAGCAGUCAUUACGGCAAAAAAGAUACGCAGAACUCAGCAUCAGUGUCUGAUAUUUCAGAAUGCAUAUCGCAGAUUGCAACAACCGAAACAACAACUUUCACAUCAGCAACAUCUUGUCUGACAGAGGAUUGUGAGUGCAAUAGGUCAUCAAUUCAUCAUCACAAACAUUAUAACAAUGGACAUCACCACUGCUGUCAUUGGAGGAAGAAGAUGAAUAGAAAACAAAAGUUGAGAUGUUGCAGCAAGAAGUCUUCCAGAUGUAAUUCGUUCUACCAUCAUCCUCAUCAUCAUCAUCACCAUCAUCGUUAUUAUCGUCAUUAUAAUUCUAGCCCUGAUAAAAAAUAUAAAAUAUCAUCUCACAAUUGUUCACAAACUGGAUCGUGUGAGAGUGCCAUAAAUCUGAACGGCAGGUAUAUACAGAGGGCUAGAAAUAUUCGUGGCAGAUACAUGAAGGGACAUAAAUUAGAAAAGUUGUCUAGCAAUAAGAGCAACAAAAUAAAUGCAAAAAUUGAAAAUGACAACACUGUAAAAUAUAAAACCAUUUCAAAUCUUCAGAGCAAUAAAAUUAAUUCUAACAAUUCAAAUACCGCUAACAAUGAUGUUAAAUUUUCCAACUUUGAUAAAAGUAACUCUAAACAAGGAACACUCAAAGAAACAACUGAAAACAAUCCUAAAGCUCGUACACUGUUGGCUGAAAUAUUCUGCAAAUUCAACAUGGCUAAAAAUUCAAGACAUUGUAAUGAUAAUAACAAUAAUGACUGCAACAACAAUAACUGUUAUGAAAGAAAUGCAAACAAUUCAUCGUCUUCAUAUAAAAAUACGACAUCAUUAAAUGAUGACAUUGAUUUUAAUUUGAAAACUUUGAAAAAAUUACUGAACGAGCGAGAUGAAGUCAGAUUGUUUCUUAUAUCAGAAUUGGAAAAAGUCAGACAGAAUCUUAAUGAGGAACGCAUGAAGUAUUGUGGAGAAAUCAGCGCAACGAAGCAACAACUCGCUGACUACAGCCUCGCGCAAAAAAAGAAGAUGGCAAACUUGGAAAAAAUUGUUUACAAGAGGCUGGAGUACUACGACAAAUUAAUAAAGGAACAGCAGGAAUACAUUGAUGAGAAUCACAAUUCCCAAUCAGAAAGUGGUCAACAGUUUUUAUCAGGUGAGCAACGACACUCUCUUCAGCAUAAACCUGCUACUAUUCUUGCACAAAACUUGCCACCAUUCUAUGACGACCUAUCUUUUAUAUUAAGUACAAAUAACGAUGAUGAUGAGGAUGAAGUAAAUAAUGAUGAUUCUGAAGUAAAAGCAGGACAGCCUGAUCAGAAAUAUGUACAACCGCAACCACAUCAGGUACAACAACAACAAUGUUCUUCUUACACCAAUCAUCUCCCAAAAAAUACAUCUCAAACGACUGAAAACAUUUUAAACCUUGCCUAUGCUGGCAAUAUUGAUAUCAAUGAGAUGGAUGAAUUGAGCAGACAGGCUGGUAAAAAAGUUUCAUUCUUUCCGUCAACUCCAAGAAGAAUGAAAGAAUCACUGGGGCAACCAGUUUACAAUUCUAGUGACAUCAACACAGAUUUCAAUGUAGAUAACAUUAGUAAUGUGGAAAAAGCAAAGUUGCUAUCAGAAAGUAAAAAAAAAUUGGCGCAACAACCAGAGCAGAAUGAGCAGCUGCAGUACAGUUCCAUUCCAGUAAAAUCUCGUCAGCAAAAUAAGUAUGGUCAACAAUUUCUUAAUACAGAGAAUCUAAUGGAGGAAAAAAACUUCAAUCAACAGUAUUAUCUUCCAGAACAGCAUGUUCAACAACAGCCACAUUUUCAGCCACAUUUACAAUCCCAACAACAACAUUUACAACAGCAUUCACAACCACUACAACAACAACAACUGUACUGGCAUCAGCAUCGACAACAGCUAAAGCAUCAACAAACAUCAAAGCAUCAACAACAGCAUUUCAAACAGCAACAUCAACUACCACAUCAACAGCUACAACAACGUCAACCACAUCUGCAAGCACUACAGUUUCGAAAAAACUAUAAACAAGAUCAUCAACAAAAACAUCGUCAACAACAACAAAAUCAACAGAAACGUCAACAUGAACAUCCUCAACAACAUCUUCAAAAUCAUCAACAAAGACAUUUAAAAAGUCAAGAACACAGAUAUGAAAAGUACCAACCAAAUCCCCAAGAGCAAGAUUACGAUCAGCGGCAACAGCAGCAGCAGAGUCAGCAAUAUUUUUCACAGCAUACUAAUUAUCAUAAUUUUCAACCACAUCACCGACUGCAACAAGCAGAGAACAACAACGCAGGUAGACGACAAACACAACAACAGCCACAAAAUUUAAUGCACAACGGCCCAUACACUAGCGUUAAAAUGAGCAAGCAAGAUUUCUUUUCACAAUUUAAGAAGCCUUUCAUUCCAAACAUUGAUGUGCGCUGUAAUGAAAAUGACAAGGCUAAUGAGGAUGAUGAUGACGACGACGAUGAUGAUGGCAGCUCAGACAGCAACAAACAUGAUGACAAGAAUAGUGAUGAGGAUGAAGAUAACGAGAGUGAUUGUAGUUCAGUUGAUGUUAAUAUCAACCAAAACUACAACAAUAAUAACAUGAAUAAUAGUGGUGGUAGUAGCAGUGACUCAUCUAGUGCAACUACCUCUGAGUAUAAUUAUAAAACUCAAAAUCAGCCUCAACAACGACACCAACAACGAUACUUGAAGCAAUCAACACCAGAUAAACAAAAACAAAGCAUAUCAGAGAUGAGGUCUGAUCAACGGAGUCAGCAGCAGUUGAUGAUGCACGAUGAAUUGGAACUAACGCCACACCAACCACAACAGAAGGUGUGCCCAGAUGGCGCCAUAGUCUCACUACCAGCAGGUGCAACACCAUUCACAAAUGCGCCUGCUCAUGGAAAGAUUCACAAACAGAGCUUGGAGUGUGAUUGCACACACGAGAACGUAAAUGAAAACAACAACAAUAGCUACAACAAUGAAGGUUUUGGUGAUUUCAAGAAUGAUAUAAAUGAUGGUUUGAAUAAUGCUGAGAUCAAUAAUAAGUCAAUAAACUCCUAUAUUUCAGAGCAGUUACAAAAUGUAUGUAUGCAUAAUAUGAUGCUAGAGCGAAAGUUGAAACAAAAGGAGAUUGUGGGUCAAAUUUGCGAUCAGUCAACUGGAAUCCAAUGUAACUACAAAGAAGAGGGAGAUAAGGAACAACAAAACUUGAAAAAACAACAACUUCAAUUCCAACAAGAUAGCCAACAACAGCAUAAUAUAAAAUUUAGUUGUUUGCAACAACCCCGGCUUACAGAGCCACAACUGCAACAGCAGAUAACCGAUUCCGGCUCUGUUGAAAAUUUUAAAAAUAAAUUUAACCAAGUGAUGCAGACUUUGAAAAAGAAUUUGACAAUCAACUCCAACCAACAGGUGAUGCAAAAUACCGAGGGGACGUGCAAUAUUUCAAAGUCAGAAAAUAAGGAGAACCAAGAUGAAGAAUUGACAACAAAACAUGCAACUACGUCGGAGCCACAACAGCAAGGCUGUGACGUCAUAACAAGGAAGCAAUCAACCAAGUGUGUUGCUGCUGUUGCCAAGUCCAAACAAGAUGACGCCAUUAAUAGGUGUGAACUGGAUAAUAAAACGCCACAACAACCACCGUCUUCAUCACUGAGAGGUCUCACAUCAACGACAACUUUAACAACUAGAACAUCACUAACAAUCACAACGUCGUCAAGGUCGUCAAGGUCAUCAAACGAAUUGCACGGAAAAGAUAAUUAUGAGAUAAUGUGCAAUAUUUAUUCCGAUAUCAUGGAGAUCAAUAAUCAGCUUGAAGAAAAUCAAAAUAGGGAAAACAAUUCCAACGAGUCUCACUACGCUAAAAGAGGUGUCAACAACAACAACAACGAUGAUAAUAAUAAUUAUGACGAGGAAGAGGAGGAAGAAAAUGGUGAUAAUGUAAGUAACGAUGCAGACUACAAGGUUGAAUAUAAUGAUAACAAUUUUGACGCAAAAAACAAGAUGCAUCAUCAUGUCAUUUGCUCGAAAUCAGAAACAUUCAUGAGUGUACUCCUAUCCAAGUUGUACCAGCAGAUGUCAGACCGCAUUGAAAAUGUAGACGAUGCAGCUGUUGAUGAUGAUGGUGACGAUGAUGCUGACGAUGUUAACAACAGCAGCAGAAGCAACAACAACAAUUAUAACAAUUACGAUGACAUUAACACCGGCGAGGCAAAUCAGAUGAACAUGAUUGCAUGUUAUAACAAUAACCAACUCAGCAACAAAAUGCACAACUUUGACAGUUAUUAUUACAGUAAAGAUAACAACUACGAGAACAGUAACAAAACUUGUAGCAGCGGUAAAGUGGCUGAAGUUAACGAGUUGCAUCAUCCGGAACAAAAUGACGAUCAUCGGCUGCAACGUUUCAGUCACGUUCACAAUCAUGGACAUCAUUUAUGGAUGCCACAGCCACAAAAACACUCCAUCAAUAUUCCACAUUCAGAAAUCUUCAAACAUUACCACUACAUGCAGAGAUAUCAUCACCCUUCACUAAGACCAAUCCAUCCUUCUCAUAAUGAGAAUUUCUCUCAGAUGCAAACCUUUCAACAUAGAAACUACCACGAAAAUUUCCAACAACAUGCUUCCAUAUACCCACAGCACUACUACAAGCCACAAUCACUGAAUGAGACGGCACAACAACUCACCAACAAUGUUAUUACUACUCCAUUUUCAACAUGGACGAAACUCUAG